AUCGGUACCCUGAUCGUCAUGGGGACGGAGGCGAGAACCGGGAGGAAACUGUUGCUUCUCUUCACAUCGGCCAUCCUGUGCUCCCUGGCGUUGGGCAAAGGCUCAGUGUACACUUCGGAACCUGAAGUCCGAGUUGCUGAGAACAAACCUGCCAAGUUGUCCUGCUCCUACUCCAGCUUCUCCUCUCCCCGUGUGGAGUGGAAGUUUGCCCAAGGUGACAUCACCAGCCUUGUUUGCUAUAACAACAAGAUCACGGCUUCCUAUGAGGACCGAGUUACCUUCUCACAUAGUGGCAUCACUUUCCACUCUGUGACCCGGAAAGACACGGGGAUGUAUACGUGUAUGGUCUCUGAGGAAGGCGGCAACACCUAUGGGGAGGUCACCGUCAAGCUCAUUGUGCUUGUGCCUCCAUCCAAGCCUACGGUCAGCAUCCCCUCCUCUGCCACCAUCGGGAGUCGGGCAGUGCUGACCUGCUCCGAGAAAGACGGCUCUCCCCCUUCUGAAUUCUACUGGUUCAAGGACGGGGUCCUGAUGCCUACAGAGCCCAAGAGCAACCGUGCCUUCAGCAACUCUUCCUAUAGCCUGAAUCACAAGACAGGGGAGCUGGUCUUCGAUCCCGUGUCAGCCUCUGAUACUGGAAAAUACACUUGUCAGGCACAGAAUGGGUAUGGGACCCCCAUGAGGUCAGAUGCUGUGCACAUGGAAGCUGCGGAGUUGAAUGUGGGGGGCAUCGUGGCAGCUGUGCUCGUCACACUCAUUCUCCUUGGAUUCUUGAUUUUGGGCAUCUGGUUCGCCUAUAGACGAGGCUACUUUGACAGAACAAAGAAAGGGACCUCGAGCAAGAAGGUGAUUUACAGCCAGCCCGCUGCUCGCAGUGAAGGGGAUUUCAGGCAGACCUCGUCAUUCCUGGUGUGACCCAGGUCCGGCUCAUAUGCUGUCCUCUGCGCUUGCCUUACGCCGGUGCUACCAGACUCUGGCCCGUGAUGGCUGUACUUCCACAGGAUGCCUUAUGUGUCUCCUAGCCCCCACAGGGGUCCCCACUUUGAUUUUAGUUAGGAUGUGCUGUUGUGUUUUUUUUAUAACAUCGGCUCUGUACCCCU